UCUCCAUGAAGACACGGUGUGAGAAGGUUGGAGUAGAAGAUCUCGAAUGUCCUGCACUGAGUCCUGACUCUGACUCAACCCCCACUGAACAGACUGGAACCCCAGACCUCCUCACUCUUACACCAUCAGUGUCUGAUCUCACUAAUGCUCUUGUAGCUGAAUGAACACAAUCCACACAGACACUCCAAUAUCUAGUGGAACCUAGAUUUAGUCUAGUGGACUUCACAGAAGAGAAGAGAAGAGAAGAGAAGAGAAGAGAAGAGAAGAGAAGAGAAGAGAAGAGAAGAGAAGAGAAGAGAAGAGAAGAGAAGAGAGGGGGUUCAUGAACUGCCGGGUUCCAUCCAGCAAAAGAUAUCAACCAACCGAGUACGAACAUGCAGCCAACUGUGCUACACAUGGAUUUUGGAUUAUUCCCAGUAUCGUGGGCAGUUCGCUGCUGUACUUGCUGUCUGAUGAUAAAUGGGAAAGCAUCACAGCGUGGCUGUAUGGCACCGGGCUGUCGGGUUUGUUCAUCAUGUCCACCAUGUUCCACACUGUCAGCUGGAAGAAGAGUCAUUUGCAGACUGUAGAGCAGCGCUUCCACAUGUGUGAUAGGAUGGUGAUUUAUUUCUUCAUCGCUGCCUCUUAUGCCCCCUGGCUGAACCUGAGAGAGCUCGGCCCCUGGGCGGCACACAUGCGCUGGCUGGUGUGGAUCAUGGCCUGUGUGGGCUCAGCUUAUGUCUUCUUCUUCCAUGAAAAGAAUAAGAUACUGGACCUGAUUUGCUACACAGUUAUGGGAGCUGUUCCUGCAUUCGUGCUUCUGUCAAUGCCGAACAGGGAGGGCGUGCUGGAGUUAUCAUUGGGUGGAGUCUUUUACUGCUUAGGUGUGGUUUUCUUCAAGAGUGACGGCCUUGUACCUUUCGCUCACGCCAUCUGGCACAUUUUCGUGGCUAUAGGAGCAACUAUACACUAUUAUGCUAUCUGGAAGUAUCUGUAUGCGACAGGGAGCAGCCACGUGAGGUGACACACAAAGCUGCUGAUGAACAUAAAGCCAUGAGGCCACCACAUGUCGCGUGUUAAAUCGGAAGUGUCCGAUCUUAUCCAGAAAGAUUUGACGUGGAUGCAGGUCUUCAUUCUAACCAAGCAAAAGCUAUAUCUGAAUAUAUCACACCAGGUAUUAACCUGGGGAUCGCAGAAAACAAAUUAAUAAAAUACUAACUCACAGCAACACCUUAUAGCAAUCUCUCAGCAGUGUAUAGUCAUCAUGGCUAGACUGCUGAUUAGACAUGGAGAGAUUUCAUGCUUAGAACAAUUCCAACUAUUGAAUCAGACUCAUCCAGUUUGAGGCAUAUGGAGGAUUUUCAUUCUAAAGCGGCUCACACUGAAAAAAAGGGUGAGAAACCGUAAAGGUCCGUUGAAAGCUGAGAUCAUCCGAUCAAACAGGUGGAAUCAGAUGCAGCUCCUGCUUGACAGGAACGAAAACCCGCACCCUCUGUGAAGAUUAGAUCGGACGCCUUCCUUCAUAAAGUAUUCAGAAUUUACUGUCAGUCAU